AUGUCCGUCGCCUCCAUCCCCGAUACCUCGCUUGGCCUCACCUCCUCCGAGAUCCAGAUCCUCCGACAGCAGCAACAGAUUGCCCUCCAGGGCCACGCCGGCAAUGGCGUUGCCAGGGGCAGAGGGACGGGCAGAACCAGCAACUCCAGCUCGCGCGCGACAAGCGCUGCGUCCAGCCAAGGGCGCUUAUUGUUGGACCCUAUGAGCCUUCGCGCGCUGUCGCACCAGUUGGACGGUCUGCAGGCUCAAAUCCGUGGCCGCAUCGAAUAUUUGGAGGAUCAAAUGCAAGCCUCCAUUCAAAACAGUUACGACCGCGCCGGCAACGUGAUCCGUAACGCCGACGCGGAGAUCGCCCGCACUCGUUCGAUACUGGCUUCCAUCGACGAGUUGGACCUUGAGUUGGCUAAAAUUGCCCAUAUUCGCGAUAUCGUCAAGGGCUUUCGUGGUCGUGUCGAGAAUCUAGAUCAUCGUAUGGAUCAAAGUUCUCGCCGACGACGCUGA